AUUAGUUGCAAAACUUAGGAAGAGAAAGUGGAAACAGAGAGACUAACGGAGGCCAUAUGUCGUCUUCAAAGCCUCCUUCGAUCCUCCCUAUCGAGGCCUUCCUUAUGGCUAUCGUUUUCCUCUUCGAUUAUUCUUCUUCCACACAUGCAGCUUUUUCUCUACUAUCUGACAAGAGUAGGGAUUGUGGAAUACAGGGUGGAGGAGGAGGAGGACGCCGGUUGCAGCAGAGUUUCAGGGAAACCGUCGAGAGUACUAACGCUACUUUUGAUUGCUCUCCGUCUGGGUCCUGUGUUUCCUGCCUCUACUCCGAAAAGAAUGAAGAAAAAUACCGCUGCAGUGAGACUGGCUAUCACAUCCCAUUCAAAUGUAUUGAAAUUCAACAUGGUUCACACGUGGCAGAGAACACAAAAUCCAAGAAGAGCCGAUAUCUUAUGGAGAACUCCUAUGGUGAAAAGGAAGCACAUGAAAUCAUGCUGGAUGCAGAUGAACUUAGUUCUUCAAUAAUAAAUAGAAAACUGCUGGAUGAAUCCACGUCGGAGGGUGUGAAACAAGCUUAUAUUACAUACUGGAGCUGUGUACCUACAGUAAAUGAAGAAAGGUUGUCAGUAAUUGGUUUUGAGGGGAUUAUGUUUUGUUUGUUGCUUGUUAGUGGUUCAUUUGCAUACUUCAGACGAAAACGGACUGCUGCCUUGUCUGGUGCUGCACCAGUAAGAUUACAAACCAACACUAGAUUCUAAGUCAGUGGAGCUGAUCUUUCCAUAUCCUCUUGCAAAGCCAUAUGUUGUGCAGAAUUUACAAGGGAAUGAUGUGGAGAGCAUUAUUAAGGAAGAAGCUGGUACCAUGUGUAGCCCUUUUAGUUUUCUUUAUCCAUUUCAAUAUAUCUUCACUGUUUUGGUACUGAACUUUUUUUUUCUUUUGAUUUUUUUUGUGCUAUCAUUUUUGCAUAUUUGGAGUUAUUGCUUCAAGAAAAGCAUAUAUUUAUGUUGAUGUUCUAUGUCUAAGCUAACGAUCAGAACUAUGUGGCUGAAGUGAUCUAUGGUCUUGUUAUGGUAGCUCUCAAACGGCUGAGGCACUACUACAGGGCAAACACAGAACUCAUAAUGGCCCAGAAUUUAAUCCCGUAACUGAGCCCCAAAGUGUUUCAGUCUACAGGAACAACUGUUAGCCUGUUACUGUAGGCAGUACCCUAGUGAGACUUGAGAGAUCCACCAGGUUCUACAUGGAGGUGGAAAGAUCCAGGUCGAGAAGGGGGCUGGUGUGAUGAACAAUACGUUUUUGAAGUUUGGUGCUGCUUGUAAGGAGGAACUCUUUUGUUACUAUACAGGCAGCAUGCAGCACUGAUAGGGCAAUAAAUUAGAAUUCAUCAACUAUGGGGUAAAUUAUUUUUUUCCCCCCUCGUUGACAGUUAUUUGUGAAGUAGAACAUUAGAGAUAUAAUGAGAUGUCAUUGUAGUUCCCUCUCAUGUAAGACAUUUUCUUCUUUUUGACAAUAUAUUUUUCUGGAUC